CCUCUUCCCGCCCUCCUCUCCUCCUCCUCCUCGCUGACGGCUUGACUGACACACACAGGCUCUUGGCACAGACAGGGACAUACAUGCACAUCAUCCACUUUUUGCAAACACGCAGGCUGCGCAUCGGAGCGGGCAGUAAUUGGGCAGCGGAGAUCCACAGCAGAUGAGAGCAUUUCAUGUGCAGCCUGCCCAGGAAUCACUGUGACCCCGACGGAAAGGAGUUCGACUUGACAGGAUGGGGGGAGUAAGUGAAGGAGAUGAUGUGUUGGCUCGAUGGAGUGAUGGACUACUGUACCUCGGCAAUGUGAAAAGAGUAGACGGAGUCAAGCAAUGUUGUCUGGUGAGAUUUGAGGACAACUCGGAGUUCUGGGUACUGAGAAAGGACAUCCACUCAUUCGCUGCUGGAGUGGAAGAAGUUUGCUGUAUUUGUGACGCUCCGCCUCUUAAAGAACCCCUCAUAAAUUGUCUUAAAUGUCGCCACGGUUAUCAUCCAGAGUGCCACACGCCAACCAUCGAACCGGAAGCUGACAGCGAUUCGUGGAUAUGUCGGCAAUGUGUCUUUGCAGUCUCAACCAAGAGAGGCGGGGCCCUCAAACGGGGACGCUUCGCCCGGCUCAUGCAAUUUAUGAAACUCCGGCUUCCCUACCAGCUGUCGUCUUUAGACUGGGACCCGCAGCAUCUGACCAAUCAGCAACAGUGUUACUGCUACUGUGCCGGACCUGGAGAGUGGAACCUGAAGAUGUUGCAGUGUGGAAGCUGUGGUCAGUGGUUCCACGAGGCCUGCACACAGUGUCUAACCAAACCAUUACUGUAUGGAGACAGGUUUUAUCAGUUCCAGUGCUCAGUAUGUACAAAGGGGCCAGAGACCAUCCAAAGACUACCCAUGACCUGGGUGGAUUUGGCUCAUUUAGUGCUCUACCAUCUCUCGCUGUGCUGCAAGAGGAAAUACUUUGAUUUUGACCAUGAAAUCCUGUCCUUCACCAAUGAGAAUUGGGAGUCGUUGCUCCUAGGCGUGCUCUCUGACACGCCAAGGCAAGACCGCUGUCACAAUCUCCUCAACGCUCUGAACUCCCACAAGGACAGGUUUGUCUCUGGCAAGGAGAUCAAGAAGAAGAAGUGUCUUUUUGGACUUCAGGUCCGGGCCCCACCUCCGCUGACGUCCGAUUCGUCGCCCCUCAUCACCGACCCACCUAUAAACAUCACGCACCGGAGAAGGUCAGACCCGUUGUCACUACCCUGCCAGAGGAGAGUGGGGGGGACAGAUUCGCGUAAAUCAAAGCGUCGCAUCAUGGAGACACAGGCUUGUCCACCCCCAGUUGCUGCCAACCCCAUUGAGCUACUGCCAUGUUGCCAUGGCUACAUGGGAGGGGCCAGCCUUUACAACUCCAGGAAGUCAGAGGAGGAGCUUAGUUUGAGCUCUCCACCCAAGCGGAUGUAUGCCCUGUACCACACCUCGUACAAUGGAAAUACUGCACUCUCCAGGAGCCUCCAUCACUACAACAGCGUGGAGGACACCUGCAGAUUACCACCACCUUGCUUCCCAUACCCCCUCAACUCCAAUGGCAGCCAUCACCACCAGCACCUCCACCAGCACCAUCACAGCCACCAACACAACCACCAACACAACCACCAACACAACCACCAACACAACCACCAACAUAACCACCAACACAACCACCAACACAACCACCAACACAACCACCAACACCAGCCAGGGCAAAAACAGCUGGAGCCCCUCAUCCUGCGUGAUCUGCCCCCUUACCAGGCCGGCACAGGCGGCGGAGGUGGCGCAGGUGGAGGAGGCGGAGGGGGAGGAGGUGGCGGCGGAGGUGGAGGUGUAGUAGUUGGAGGUGGGGAUGGGACAGUGGCCAGGAGCUGGGGAGGAGGGGAGGCAGUGAGGAUCUUGGCGAGACGCGUCACGCCAGACGGAAAGGUGCAGUACCUUGUGGAGUGGGAAAAUGUGAGUUUAUACUGACACAAAGAGAGUAAACACGAGACGCAAUGACUGUUUUGCAGUUGCCACAAGAAUACUGUGUAUGUAAUAUGUGGCAGUGUUUAAAGUACAAACAAAACAGAAAGAAAAAAAAUUCCUACACGUUGCAAAUCCAGGUUGCUCUCAUAGUAUCACCUCUAUUCUACAUCAUUAUAGCUCACUACUCGUUACUAAAUGUCCCUCUUUGCUAGUGUUUCUCUGAUAUUUGUACUGUUAACUUUGGAAUAUGCCUUUGCAUUUAUCAUGUUUUACAGUGAUGAGGAAAGAUAUUUAAACCUCCUUAUUACUUGUAAAUCUUUGGGCCAUAUCAAGAAGAACAUGUCUUUAAUUGUACUCAUAUCUGGAACAGUGUAGUACUAAAAAAAAUACAGAUUACUGCUUUUUCAUUGCAAAAGUAAUAGAAAAAAAUAUUGAGCAGGUUUAAAGUAUUAUUUAAUCUGUUACUUUGAUUUGUUAUGUUAGUCUACAUGAAUACAUUUUUUUAGUUUGUCAUUCAGACAACAUGCGGCUAAUUUAAAGUAAUAGGUUGACAUUUUAGGAAACACUUGUUUGUUUUCUUUCCGAGAGUAAGAUUAGUAGACUGAUACCUCUCUCAUGUCUGUAUGGUAAAUAUGAAGAGUCAGCUUAGCAUAAAGACUGCAGGGGGAAACAGCUACCCUUGCUCUGUACAGAGGCCUUUCGGUAGUUCUAAAGCUCACAAAUAAACAGUGAUUUGUUUUGUGAUCAUGCCCUGGAUAAGACAACAGGAAGUCACUGCAAGAAAUAGUCCUAGCUGUUUCCUCCUGCUUAGUCUUUAUGCUAAGCUAAGUUAACCACAUCAUAUCAUCAUAUUUAAUGGAGAGUCAUGAAAGUGGUCUCGAUCUUCUUGGACAACUAUGUACAAGAAAGCAAAUAAGCAUAUUCCCCAAAAUGUGGAACCAUUUCUUUAAGAAAAAAAAAGAUCAAUAAGUCAACUUGAUAUGAAUUACACAGGCAUACUGUUUCAAAAACAGGGCAACUUUUUUCAAAUUAAAAUAUUUUUUUAAAUGUUUUUCCAGCAUUUCGAUGACUACAUUUUAAUGUGUAGUUAGACCUUACUUUGUGUUGAAUUAUAAUCAUUCAAAUGUUGUUGUGACACUGAUUGUCUUUAGCCUGAGUGUCAAAAAUUGUUUACUUUUCAAACCAAAUUCAGUCCAGUUAUAGUCUAGAGCAGGGGUUAACAACCUUUACUAUCAAACAAGCCAUUUCUGACCCAGAAAAUUAUAAUAAUCUGCCGCAAAACUUUAUUAUAAUGUUAAUUUCUCACCACAGAUCAAGCAUACCAGUAAGGCGGCAGCGCUAAUGGUGAAAGCAAAAUCUGUCCAUGCACUAUGCAAUUCUCUAUUUUACUUUUCAUUUUUUGGAUUUGGAAUCUAUAGCUAGCUUAUAUAGGGAGACUAAAGACUGGGAGCCACCUCUAUUGAAGAAAAGGCACCAGGGUGUAAUGGCAUUUUCACAAUUGGAGAAUGUAAGAAUCACCUUAGGCCUACAACAAUGAUACAAGAAAGUAAAAAAGUUUUCCAUUUCCACAUAUUUUUUUGCUAAAGCCGCAGGGAGCCUCAGUAGAUCGGCAAAAGGACGCUGCAGGUAGCCCUAGUGUCUAGACAUCUAGAGAUUUAAAUGACCUGACUCAAAUCACCAAAUCAGUGUUUGGUGGGUACGUCAAAUGUAACAAAAACGUUUCCCAGCAUUUGAUAUCCAAGGGGUAAGUAAGCAAAACAGCCGGUAGCCAACACCACACUUCCAUCAGCCUUCACUUUUAUAAUUGCUCAUUCAUCAACUGAUGGUUAAUGUUCACGUGGAGUUCAGUGAGAAAAUUAGCCCAGAAAUUAACAGUGAUGAAUGGUCCCUCAUCAGAGAGAGGCAUGACGACAGCUGGGUGGUGGCUACUGGCUGCUCAUGAAAAAGCAGUAACCUUUUAUUGGCAAGGAAGAGACAGAGCAGUGCAGCAUGUCUUUUACAAUAUUUUGUACGCCACACAGAUGGUGGUUUAAUGCCCUGCUUAAGGGCACUUUGACAGUAGUGGUUGAGAGAUUCCAGCUAAAGGCUCCCAGCACUUUCAUCUACUCAGACACCAGCUUGUCUGACUUUGGCUUCAUGAAAAAACAAAUUCUCUGGAGGUUUUCAUAUUUUUUCCUCAACGCAGUAUGUUAAUAAGAGAUUGUAUACAUGUUAUUACGGGGUUACUUAUUUGUUAUGUUAGAUUUUGUCAUAAUUUACAUUUAGACUACUGUAUGUAUUAGAAAUAGGAGCCACAAGAGGGCUUUUGUUUUAUAGAUAGAAUUAUAUAUUCACAAUAUAUUGCUAUGAUCAAAUAACUUUAUUUUAUUUUUUUGACGUGGUUGCAUAGUGCCUAUAUGGGUUGCGUACCUGCUGAUUGGUCUGCUGACCCGAGUCGACCAAUCAGACCACAGACAGAUGAGCGAGGCCAUAUUGCCACUAAAUAAGAGUAUGGCUUUUUAUCAAGUUGACAGAUACUGUACAACUACAUGGGUAAACAAGGACCACUUAUAAUGUUGAGUAGAGUUUUUUUUAAUCAGAAACAGACUGUGAUGUUACUGUACAUUCCAAACAAACAACAAAAAAGAAAUAUAUAUGUUACUGAAAUGUCUGUUUGAAGUCAUCAGAAUGGAAAUUAUUUUGAAAGAACAAGUUCUUUUUUCUUUUGUUUUUUUUGAUGAGUGUUAAAUGUCAUAAAGAUCAGCUAAAGGUCCAGCCGCUCUACAGCUGGCGUUCAGUUUCAUGUCGUGGGGAGUUCAAUCCUUGCGUUCAAAGUAACAGUACAGAAGAGAAGACACUGAUAGGCCCAACACCUAACUUAAACCCAUAAUAUCUUCCAGGGUCUAACAGUCUAUAAUUUAAAAGGUACAACAUGGCAUUACGCACGAAUUCAUAAGUCAAGGCUCGACUGAUCUUCUCAGAUGUGUUUAUAGACUCAAGUGAGGUGCUGAAGUUGGAUUUUAUCUUUGUGCAAACAGGUUACACAAAUCUAGAAUACUGUGGUGCAAGUUUCAGAGUUUAUAUUUUAUACAGAGGUUUAUUUCAGCAAUCUGUUGCGAUAAAACGUACACAACAUUUACAUUUAUCAGUUUUGUCUUUGAAGAAAGACUGUAUUACAGGUUUAGUUAAAAAAGCAAAAGACAAAUACAGCAUUUAUACUGUUAUGAUCAAACCAAUGCAAAACUCAGAUUUUAUUUAAAUACCGACCUCUCUGUUGAACUAUCUCCUGCACCUUUUGCGUAUAUUUCAGGCCAGUGAAAUGAUGUUGCAUUGCAAUUUUCAUCCUCCUCAGUGACUAUUUGACUGUAGUUUAUUAGGAAGGCGUGUGUUGAACCUUUCUAGGCGAUGGUGAUGAAUGUAUUUGUGUGUUUUCUAUGGUAUGUCUAUACCCGUCAAGUGCUUGUUAUAGGUUGUACCCUUGGUGGAACUCAAAUUGAUAAGUUUAAAAACAAAAUAGGAGGAAAUAAAGACAUCAACAUUGAGGAAUAACAUUUAUUUUGGGAGAGGUAGUCUUCUUCUUUUUUGAUUAGUAGUCAAGUCCAAGUUCAGUUUGAUGUAUUUUUGGAGAAAUUACGUUUGUACAUGUAUACUCUGCGUUGACACCUAGUAUGUAACAUGAAUAAUAAAAAAAG